AUGCACACCCUCUUCCAUCGACUUCGCCGAUUACCGAAACCCAAAUUUCUCAAUGGGAUUCCUAACAAUAGCAUCUUUGUUAUCACAAUCCUCGUCGGAGUUAAUGCUUUAGUAUGGAUCGCUGUCGCAAUCGUUCUACACUUCCACCCCGCUCUCAUCUCCCCGGCGGCUCUGUCAUAUGUCCUCGGCUUGCGCCACGCUUUAGACGCCGACCACAUCGCGGCAAUCGAUCUCAUGACCCGACGUCUUAUCGCCUCAGGGCAACGACCCGCUACUGUGGGAACUUUCUUUUCACUCGGUCACAGUACCAUUGUCAUUGUAACUUGUAUCGUCGUCGCUGCCACAAGCGGUGCUCUGAGAGAUCGUUUUGAUGGGUUCCAGCGCGUCGGUAACAUAGUAGGAACGAGCGUCAGUGCUGCCUUUCUAAUCAUUCUUUGUGUUGGGAAUGGUUGGGUUCUGUAUAAGCUAGUUCAACGUCUGCAGGCAAUCCUUCGGGAUCGAAGAGAUCGUGUCCACCUACAAGGGUUCGCAGAAGAGGAAACUCAAAUCCAAGAUCACUUUGCUCUUGAAGGUGGUGGAUUCCUAACAAGGGUGUUUAAAAGGCUAUUUCGCGUUAUCGAUCGGCCAUGGAAAAUGUACCCCCUUGGUGUGGUCUUUGGGCUAGGUUUUGACACCAGUUCAGAGAUAGCCAUUCUGGGUAUCGCCAGUAUCCAGGCUGUGCAAGGGACGAGUAUCUGGCUGAUUCUAGUAUUCCCAAUUCUAUUUACGGCUGGGAUGUGUAUGCUCGACACGACUGAUGGCGCGCUUAUGAUGGCUCUCUACACCUCGAAUGCCUUUUCCAGAGACGUCGUAGCGAUUCUAUACUACUCUAUAGUUCUAACAGGUAUCACUGUUGUAGUCUCCGCCUUUAUCGGAAUCGUCCAGCUUCUGUCCCUUAUUCAGAAUGUCGCUGACCCUCAGGGACGUUUCUGGGACGGCGUCUCUGCCAUAGGCGACCACUUUGACAUUAUCGGCGGAAGUAUUUGCGGUGUCUUUGUCAUUGUUGGCUUGGGAUCCAUAUUGUUGUACAAGCCUUGGAGGCGACGUGUUGAGAAGAAGAAUGCGCAAGCCCUUAUCAGUCACGAUGGAGUCAUUGCAGGUACUCCUUCACCACUUGUCUCUCCUUCAACAAUAAGCGAUCACAACGGCGACUACAUCGGAGUACAAAAUGUACAAAGAAUUGUGUAA